AUGACACCGAAACCCACAGACACAGAAGAUUGGGUUGUAGCUGAUAGCGAGGGAGAAGACAUUGACAUGUCUGGCGACACGUUACUGCCUAUGACGGUCGGGCGAGCGGGACGGACAUCGAAAACCACCGCUUCGGACAUAUCUUUUGACUCGCCCCGUGAUCAACCCGCUACCUCCGCCAUCUCGUCAUUCUCAGCCAGGCAGAUUCCUCCGUCCGCGGAGCACUCAACGAUAUCGCGCUUUGAAUCUAUGAACACGGCCGCGCAUGUUUCCAAUAUUACAACACCUACGACUGCAAUUAGCUCCGCUUCUGGAUCUCGACCUCGCCCUCGCCCUGCGUACAAAGGCAAGAAGGCACUAGAGCUAGGGACGGAGGUCGGGUCGGCCUCAGUGCAAUUUGGCCAACCAUCUGAGGGCCCAUCCAAUCCUCGAUCAACCACCUCAGAUCCAGUAACAGGGAGAGACCUGAUACGACCUGCAGCCACAAGUUUCAGUGAUAGAACCCCAGCCGAUAAUUACUCUCAGGACCUCGCGGAGCGUGUCAAGAUGCGCUCGCGUAAAAAGCCAACUCCAAAUGUCUCAGACCAUCAGGGCAAUUCAAGAACUAAACCAGCCAAAUCAAAGACAGCUGCUGCUUUGCCCGACGACAUCAUCGAUCUUGCUUCGGAUUCUGAAGACGAACUGGCUUUGGUUCCAUCCAGCAAACAUGCAACUUCUGCGUCCUCUAGUAAGUCUGCCAAGCGGCCCCGAAGGGCCUCAACUCCUCUCUCUCCUAUUGCCGCGGUCUCGGAAUCCCUCCAAUCGCAGAAUACCAUCCCUCUAGCAACUACAUCCCCUUCCAUCCCUACUUCCACGCUACCUCCGUCAGACGUCCCUUCGACCGUCCCUACCGUACUUGUGUCCUCUCCUCGCUCCGACCUUAGUGGCCAGCGCAAGAGGAGACGCCUUCCGCAGAGAAGGAUAGUCGUGUGGGAUGAAGAAGACGAGGGUAACGAUCAGCCCCAGCAAGCUGCCGCUCACGACGGACCAGCUCCGGCAGACUUACCGUUGUUUCUGCCCGAACCUCCCUCUUCAAUACCACAUAAGCCUGACGGCGGAACUACUGUCCACAAGAAGUCAGCCCAGGCAAGUAUGCCGCUGUUCUUCGCAGCGCCUCCCUCCUCCAUCCCGGAAGCACCACGACCAGAAGCUUCCAAUAGGAUGGAUGCCCGAGAGCCUGACACUUCGGAGACGAGUCCUGCAGUCAAAGUGCCGGGAAAGCGGAAGCGAAAAGACCCCGAUCCCGGUGACGACGAUGGCAAGACCAAGAAACGUGGUCGGAAACAGAAAGCCGAAGGGAAGAAGUCGAAAGGAAAGAAACCCGUGCCUUCCGAAGAGGAGCUCGGCUCUGCACCGUUGAGGCAAGAGAUAGAAGCCACUUCAUCUGAUAAAUUCCAUUCCGCCACCCUGCUGGAAGGUGUCAACCCAGGUCAAUCUUCCUCGCAUUCCGAACCGGUAGACCGCGAGACUGUUCGCACAGCGGUGACUGACCCCAGACAGCAAGAUGCCUCGGAGUCUCCGACGAAACCCCACUCCAAGGCUGCGAAACGUAAGGCAACCUCAGGUAGAAAGAGCAGAGUUGUGAUAGCGGACUCGGAUGAAGAUGAAGCGGUGGACGAUGCAGGCGCGGCGCCUAACAAUGCGCAUACACCGAAUAGUGUAGCACAGGAGGACAAGGCAUCUCCAGGGCAUGCGGUGCCUCUAGUGGAGGAAAGGCCAGAUAACGCGUCUUCGAAAUUGAAGGAAAAUGCACCGCCUCCUGUGCCGGAAGACCAUCGCAGUACACCACGGCCAUCCAUCCCCAAAGCCCCCCGUCGCUCCUUCAGCAUCAAGCCUAAGUCCACGCCCAUGUCCGAGCUCAUCCGGCGCGUCAACUCCCAACCAGGCUCCCCAUUCGCCGCCUCGACAUCCUCCCCGCACCCUCUCCUCAAAGCAUCCAAGUCUGCUCUGUCUCGUAUUGCCCCACUACACCCCAAUCGCCGCACUCCACCGCCUCCUCCGCCGCGACCACCGAAGCCCAAGGAAAGGAAAUCGAAGAAGCAGCUGGAAAUGGAGGAAGAGUGGGAGAUGGAGUUGGAGGAGACGAUCGACGGGUGGUUAUGUCUUACUGAAGCUGAAAGGGAUGCAUACAGGAAGGCUAAGCGGGAUCAGGCAAUGGGUUGGGAAGAGUAGUUGGAUUGGGCUAUCGGGGGCCGUUGUCAGUGUCCUCCCCUGUAUCAUAUCUCAGGGUCUCUCAUAAGUCCUGCAUCAAGUACUAUAGCAUACAUCCCUUGACGGAUUAAUUCCCAAUGACUACUGUACCCAUUGCUUCUACUGAUCACAACAUAAGCAAUAUAUCAGAUCAAGCAAGACAUCGUACACC